UUUUUUUUUUUCUUUCUUUCUUUUCUUAUUAUUGUUAUUAUUCAACCAUAACAUUAUACAAAACAUGCAAGCUUACGUUGUAGACUCAUGGUUGAAAGGUCCCGAAGAAUUAGUCAUCAAGAAAACUGCCGUGGUAGAACCUAAACAAGGCGAAGUUCAAGUCCAAGUGAAAGCUGUUGGUUUGAACUUUUUCGAUACUUUAAUGAUUCAAGGAAGAUAUCAAGUCAAACCUCCUUUUCCUUUUGUACCUGGUGGAGAGCUCAGUGGGGUCGUUAUCAAGUCAACUGUACCUCAAUUCAAAGUAGGUGAUCGUGUGUUUGGAUCAGGCAGUGCCUUUGCUGAAAUUGCAAACGUAGAAGCAAGCAAAUUAUUACCUAUGCCUAAGAAUUUUACAUUUGAACAAGCAUCAGGACUUUUUAUCACAUAUCCUACAAGUUAUUCUGCUUUGGUCUUACGUGCUCAAUUAAAACCUGGUGAAUAUUGUUUGGUACAUGCUGCUGCUGGUGGUGUAGGGAUCGCUGCUGUUCAAAUCGCUAAAGCUUUAGGUGCCAUUGUUAUUGCUACCGCUGGUUCAGAUGAAAAAUUACAAGUGGCCAAAAGAUUUGGUGCAGAUCAUGUCAUUAAUUAUCGGGAUAAAAAUUGGACAGAACAAGUCAAGAAAAUCACAAAAGGUCAUGGUGCUGAUGUUGUCUAUGAUCCUGUUGGUUUAGUGGAACAAAGUACUAAGUGCACUGCAUGGAAUGGACGUAUUUUGAUCAUUGGAUUUGCUCAAGGUACCAUUGAAAAGAUUCCUGCCAAUCGAUUACUUUUGAAGAAUAUCUCAGCUGUUGGACUGCAUUGGGGAGCUUAUACCAAGAAUGAACCUGAACGAAUUCCUGAAGUUUGGAAGGCAUUAUUUGAACUAUUCGAAUCUGGCAAAGUUCAACCUGCUUUGUAUGACAAGAUUUACAACUUUUCUGAAAUUCCCAAAGGGCUCAAGGCUAUCAAUGAUCGAACUUCUUAUGCAAAGGUGGUGGCCACUGUGGGCAAAAAAGAUAGUAAAAUCUGAUGAUUAGAUUAGACUUUUAUAAUGAAUUGGAAUAAAAGAAAAAGAAGAAAAAAAAAACUUUGAAAAGUUUGUAAUUGAC